CGCCAGUCCCACAGAAUUUUACUCAAGGCAAUAUCCAUGUGUUCGUACCGCUGAUGCAACUUUGAUAUACGGGAAUUAAAUUGAUAGUCUUAGUUCGCGUUAAUUUGUUGUGAUUUAAGAAUCUAGGCAUCAUCAUGCCAAUUUCCUGCCGUUUCUACGAGAACCACUUCCCUGAAGUGGAAGAUGUUGUCAUGGUAACUGUCACAUCCAUAGCUGAGAUGGGGGCAUAUGUAAAUCUUCUAGAAUACAACAAUAUUGAGGGCAUGAUUCUCCUCAGUGAGCUUUCAAGACGACGUAUUCGGUCCAUCAACAAACUAAUCCGUGUUGGCAAAAAUGAAUGUGUGGUUGUUAUCAGGGUAGACAAAGAUAAAGGUUAUAUUGAUCUUUCUAAAAGAAGAGUCUCACAAGAAGAAAUUGCUAAAUGUGAAGAAAAGUUUGCAAAAGCUAAAGCUGUGAAUCAAAUAUUACGACACGUAGGGGAGAUUAUGAAAUAUGAGAGUGAUAGCCAAUUGGAGGCAUUGUACACAAAAACGGCUUGGUACUUUGAUAAGAAACUUAACAGGCCAGGGUAUGGGGCUCAUGAAGUGUUCAAGAACAGUGUAAGUGAUCCCUCUGUACUUGAUGAAUGUAAUUUGGAUGAAGAAACUUUCUCUUGUCUAAUGACACAAAUAAAACGCAGACUCACACCGCAGGCAGUCAAAAUCCGUGCUGAUGUAGAAGUAUCAUGCUAUGGCUAUGAGGGUAUUGAUGCUAUCAAGGGCGCCCUCUUAAAAGGAUUGGAGCACUCAACUGAAGAUAUGCCAAUAAAGAUAAACUUAAUAGCACCACCACAGUAUGUUGUUACGACAUCAACACUUGAGAAGACGGAAGGUCUGACAUUGUUACAAAAAGCCAUUGAUUCAAUCAAAGAGAGUAUAGAAGGAAAUCGUGGGAUGUUCAACAUACAAAUGGCGCCUCGUGUGGUCACUGACGUUGAAGAAUUGGAGCUAGAGAAACAGAUGCAACAGUUAGAGCAGCAGAACCAGGAAGUCAGUGGUGAUGAGGAUGAAGGCGAUGAAAUGGCUGUUGCAGAUGACUAGACAUGAAAUAACUCCAUUAUGUGAUAAAAAUUUAAAAAAAAAAAAAACUAUCGAAGCCCACAAUGACCAAUUACAUUUACUGUAAUAACCUGAAUAUUUCAUACUAUCAAAUGUAUACUUUUUCAUUUUAUGUUCAGUUCUCAAAAAAAUUUCUUAAAAUACGUUUGAUAUCGAAACUUCAUUUGAAGUGUUAAGCUGGUUGACACGAUUCAGCAGUGUCAUCCUUCCUUCCAUACAUGGAUGGCUGUACGUUUUUUUGUCUCAGCAUUUUCCCUACAUUCUGAACUGUGCAAAAUUCAUAAUUAUUGUAAAAAUGACUUGGAUUUAAUAAAAUAAUAAAUAUUAAAACAACCCUCAAUAAUUUAGGUAUGGAUAUACAAUAUACAAUUAUACAAUAUAUAUUAUAUGGAUAUACAAUUUUGUUGGAGGAAAACCAUUUUGUUACACACGACAAUGGGAUAAGAUUUUUGAAUUUUAUUUGUACAGUCACAGUUUUGAGUUAUUACUGUAAGAUUUCCUAUUAAAUAUUUUAAUACAGUAUUUCUGAAAAGUAGGAAAGUUCAGAGUGACUGUUUAAAGUGGAGGCGCAGACUAGCAUUUUUUUCUAAUACCUUGGAAGUAUUUAUUGAAAGAUAGUCAACAACCAUAAUAAAUAAUUAAUAUUGUUCUGUUAUUAGACAUUCAGUUCUGCAAAACUUUUUUUAACCAUAGUUUCAAUUCUGGCCUUGAUUACACUGCUGGGUGUAUUUCUUCCUUGCUAGUGUGAAGAUACAAACUCUGAUUUUAUGGAAAUGAAUUGUUUAUUCAACAAAAGAAUAUCUUUUAAAUUAGUGCAUUUCAAUAAUUGCUGUAUUUUGAGUACUACAGUUGCCACAUUUGUUAUGAAUCAUACAUGAGUACAUACUUUUAACUCAGCACCUCCUUUUUGAAGUAUCAAACUCUGUAACCUCGUAUUAAAUAUUUACAGAUGCCAAUUUCAUUCUGCAAAGAAAGUUACGUUUCACAUAUUACACAGGUACCAGAUAUAUUGUUAGGUAGGAGGGAAUUCAUAUUUGAUGCAGCUUCUCAAAUCAUAAUAAAACAUUGUACAUAAAUCAUUAAAGUUUGAUUUUGUUUUCUUUUUGCAAAUAAA